GGAAUAGGUUGUUUAACAAAUUGAAAAUUGAUUUUGAUGUCAAAUUGACCUCUUGUUAAUAACUCUUCCAACUUUUCUAAUUACCAUUAUAGCAGCUGGUUUGUUGGGAUUACUCCUCCAAAUCGUGUUAGGGACCAAUUUCCCAUAUUGCAUUCGGGGCUUUCUCCACCAGACAGGUGCACAAUCUGAGAUCUUGCAAAUGAGCGAAGCCGAGUGGCUGGACACGGAUCAGAAAUGAUAAGAUCGACAACGCCGUGUCCUGAGCUCAGCGGAGUGUCUGUAGGCUUCAGUCACUGGCCUCACAGUGGUUCCACCUGGACUUGAUUCAGGCAUCAUGGACAGCAACAGCACGCCGUGGAGCUCCAGCUCCCAUACUCCCUUCAACCACGCCGAGAUGGUGACUGUGGUGCCCACCAUCUUCCCCCGGGUGGGCUACAGUGUACUGUCUUUCCUCAUGUUCAUCAACACCUUGUUGACGGUUUUUAACAACUGCCUCGUCAUCACGGUGAUGCUGAGGAAUCCGGCUCUCCUCCACCCGAUGAACGUGUUCAUCCUCAGCCUCGCCGUGUCUGACCUCAUGAUAGGCCUGUGCGGCUCCUUGGUCGUCACCAUCACGAACUACCAAGGCAGCUUCUUCAUUGGCCACACGGCCUGUGUGUUUCAAGGAUUUGCGGUCAACUACUUUGGUUUGGUGUCUCUCUGCACUCUGACCCUGCUUGCCUACGAACGGUACAACGUGGUGUGCAAGCCGAAAGCUAGUUCGAAUAUGAGCAUAAGGAGAAGCGUCAUCGGGCUGGUAUUUGUCUGGGUCUUCUGCUUGUUCUGGGCCGUGGCUCCGCUAUUCGGCUGGAGCGCCUACGGACCCGAGGGAGUCCAGACCUCCUGCUCUCUGGCCUGGGAGGAAAGAUCGUGGAGCAACUACAGCUAUCUCAUUGCCUACACACUCUUCUGCUUCAUUUUCCCCGUCGUAGUCAUCAUCUUCUGUUACUCCAAAGUGCUCAAAUCCUUGGAUAAGCUGAACAGGAGUGUGGAGCUCCAGGGUGGGCGUUCCAGCCAAAAGGAGAAUGAUCAUGCCAUCAGUAUGGUCCUGGCCAUGAUAGUGGCCUUUUUUGUUUGCUGGCUGCCCUACACGGUGUUGUCAGUGGUGGUAGUUGUGAACCCGAAGCUCUACAUCCCUCCACUGGUCGCAACCAUGCCCAUGUACUUUGCCAAGACCAGCGCCGUCUAUAAUCCGGUCAUCUACUUCCUUUCCAACAAACAGUUCCGUGAUUCCGCCCUGGAGGUGCUGUCAUGCGGGCGCUACAUUCCCCAUGGACCCAGCAGCGUCACCAUCAAGAUGCACUCCUUGAACAGGAGGAGCCGACUGAUUUCCUUGAGCAGGAAUGUCAACAUGCAACACAAGGUUUUGCCUCUGUGACUUUUCUCCAGCAAGGACGGUUGACGGUUGCCAGUGUAUAUUGGUGCCUCGUCAAGGACACAGACCUGCACAUCCACAUUGCUCAUGUCUUUCAGAGAGGUCUUUGCUGUAUACUGAUGAGCACGGAGUUGGCUCAGAGACUUGUAGCUGGUUUUCAGGAGGUCCAGAAAAGAACAGGGAAACCUUUGGAGUAAUGUGAUUCAAUACAAUAACACUGAAAAAGUUCAGAUAGAUAGAUAGAUAGAUAGAUAGAUAGAUAGUCAUUUUACUGAACUGCAUUAUAUUGCAGGGUGUUCCUGUAGUUAUUGCCCAUCACUUUUUUUCUAAAACAAUACAAGUUAUCAUCAAACAUGGUUUUAUUUCUGUGAUUUGUUUGGAUCAAUAAACUAUUAACUUUUCCAGAUUGAUGUUUGCAGGUAUUUGUGCAUGUGAGCGAUGAAAGAGAGAAGUCA